ACAUAAAAGUUAAAUCAGCUGGUGCUAUGACAAUAUUAAUAAUAAAUAUGAGUCAUAUUUACAAUUAGAGAAAAUAAGCUGUAAUUUUAUGUACGUCCCAUUUUGAUUUUUAAAUAAAUUUAUUAAAACUGGGUAACGAAAUGUCUACUUCUGCUAUGGAAAAGCACCUUUUCAAUUUGAAAUUUGCUGUGAAAGAUUUAGAAAGGCAAUCUAAAAAAUGCGAAAAGGAAGAAAAGCAAGAACAAGCGAAGGCAAAAAAAGCCUUACAAAAAGGAAACGUCGAAGUGGCCAGAAUACAUGCAGAAAAUGCAAUAAGACAAAAAAAUCAAGCUGUGAAUUACUUAAGAAUGUCAGCAAGAGUAGAUGCUGUUGCUAGUAGAGUUCAAACAGCUUUAACUACGCGAAAAGUAACCUCUUCGAUGGCCGGAGUGGUUAAAGCAAUGGACGCUGCUAUGAAGGGAAUGAAUUUAGAAAAGAUUUCAUCACUUAUGGAUAAAUUUGAACAACAAUUUGAAGACUUAGAUGUUCAAAGCUCAUAUAUGGAAAACACUAUGUCACAGACAACUACAACUGCCGUUCCACAAAACCAAGUUGAUGCUUUGUUACAACAAGUAGCUGACGAAAACGGACUUGAACUAAAUAUGGAAGUACCGUCAGUACCGGGCUCUACUAUAGGUUCAACAAUUCAAGCCUCUUCUGAACAAGAUGAACUAACCCAACGUUUAGCGAGAUUGCGACAAACAGAGUAAAUACAUAUGCAUUUUAUGUGAAAUAGAUAUUUGAGAAAGUGAAUUCCAUAAAUAAUUUAACUAUAAACAAAAAAUUAAACUUUGUAUUUGUGCAUCAGUGAAAAAAUGAUAUGUACAACAUUAUUGAUUAAUAAAAUGUUAUUAAAAAACAUUA